CUGUUCGCUGGCGGAUGCGCUGGUGUGUCGGGAUGGCUCUCAGUUUGUCCACUGGAGGUUGUUAAGAAUUGCGUCCAGGCUGACAACACUGGACGGAAAAUAUCUACGAACGACGUAAUACGACGGCUAUGGCGUGAAGAUGGGGUCCGCGCCUUCUACCGCGGCGGUCUGGCAAUGUCUAUACGGGGAUUCAUCGUGAAUGCCGUGGUGUUUCUCGUCUAUGAAAACAUUUUCUCAUUUAUCGACACUUCGGCUGCCUUCGCCUUGGCUGCCUCCUGA